AUGGGAUCGCUAUGCAGCAAGCCCAGCGUCGCCGCGCGGGUCCACCCGCACCCGCCAGCCGGCGGCGCCGGCUCAAGCGGGGCCAGCGCCCGCGCUGCAGUGCCCGCCCCCGCUCGCGGCCGUGGCCUCGCGCCGGCCGCGUCAACCGGCGGCGGCGCCGCCGCUGCAGCAGCCUCCGACAAAUGCAUCCAGGUCGACGGCCGGGAGCUGGUCGGCUGCAGCCCCGGCGGCGGCCGCGCCGGCGGCGGGCGGCCGGCGCGGUGGCGCAAGGGGGACGCGAUCGGGGCCGGGUCGUUUGGGGCGGUCUGCCUCGGGCUCAACACCGACACGGGCGAGCUAAUGGCGAUCAAGGAGGUAACCCUGAGCGUGGAGGGGGCCCACAUGAAGGAAGCUGUCGAGCAGCUGGAGCAGGAGCAGCAGCAGCAGCAGCAGCAGCAGCAGCAGCAGCAGCAGCAGCAGCAGCAGCAGCAGCAGCAGCAGCGAGGAUCGAUCUUGGCAGCUGUGCAGCAGCUGCGACCGAAGCUGGUGCUGCUGGGGGGCCUCGACCACCCAAACAUAGUGCGGUACCUCGGCACAUCGCGGGACGAGAGCGGAUUACUCAUCUUCCUGGAGUACGUCCCGGGCGGCAACAUUGCAUCGCUUGUGGCGCGGUUCGGGCCGCUGGGGGAGGCCGUCAUCCGGAUCUACACGCGGCAGCUGUUGGAAGGCCUGGCGUACCUCCAUGCGCAGCGCACAGUGCACCGGGACAUCAAGGGCGCAAACCUGCUGCUGGAGAAAGAUGGCCGCAUCAAGCUGGCAGACUUUGGCAUGGCCAAGCAGAUGGUCGAGCAGGCGUCGUUCACCAAGUCUUUCAAGGGCAGCGCCUUUUGGAUGGCCCCCGAGGUCAUCCGGCAGCAGGGCCACGGUGUCGCGGCAGACAUCUGGAGCGUCGGCUGCACGCUGCUGGAGAUGGCAACGGGCAAGCCGCCCUGGAGCCAGUGCUCCUCGCAGGUGCAGGCAAUCUUCAAGAUUGCGAGCAGCCAGGAGCUCCCCGCCCUCCCCGAGACCCUCUCCCCGGAGGCCUCAGAGUUCGUGCUGCUCUGCCUGCAGAGGGACCCGGGGGCGCGCCCCUCCGCAGAGGAGCUGCUCAGACACCCCUUCGUGGCGGCGCGGCCGGGCGGGUUCAUCCCCGCGCUCCACGGCGCGACGGCGAUGGAGGCUCUAGGCCCCGCCGCCACGCUGGACAGGGCGUCUGUGCGCGACGACGGCUUCCCCGGCGGCAGCGGCGGCAGCGGCGGCCUGAGCGGGACCGCGGGGCGGCGGCCGCGGCUGCUGUUCGGCGGCCGGGGGCCGGGCGGGGGCGGCGGCGCGAGGCAGCAGCAGCAGCAGCAGCAGCAGCGGCUGGGGCCAGACGUGCGAGCGCAGCCGCUGCUUGUGCGGCUGGGGUGA